AUGAAGCCUAAGCACUUCCUCUGCCUGCUGCUGAGCUGCUGCUUCCUACAAAAUGGUGACUGCAAGCAUCACAGGCCAGACUGUACUGCUGUUCUCUGCCUAGCUUGUCCUGACAAUCACAAAGCCGUGACCCGUAAGGACCAGUGCUGUCCGCGCUGCAUCCCUCAGUGCAAGUGCCCUGCGUUUCUGAAGGAAGCUUGUAUCCAGGAAGGCUAUGAAGAUGGCAUCCUUCUCCUGGGACAGUCUGUGAUUAUUGACUUUGGGACCCGAAAGUGUACCUGUGGAGAAGAUCAUAACAUUGUCUGCGCUUCCACUUGCCCCAAGAUUUCUCCAGCUUGCAAGUAUAUAGGAAGACCCCAGGAUGGCUGUGGAAUAUGCGCUUGUCCCACUGAUGAUGAAAAUUUUGUACCUGCUGGUGAAGUCAUUGAAAGAGAAUGUAAAAUUUGUAAGUGUCCCCCAAAUGGGGGGCAGCUUCAGUGCACCUUAACCUCUAAAUGCUCGCUAGGGUAA